GCUCACAUUCAAGCUAACAAAGUCAGUGUCGCAUUUGAACUCGUCGACGUAAGUCGUGUUUUUGUCGAAUUAUUACACGAAACCGGCGUCCGCGUGUGUUUCGCUAUCGAAAGUGAUUACCGAAUGAUUCACAUAUUUUAAUCUUACUAAGUGAAGUUUAAAAAACAUGUGUGUUAAUUAGGUGUAUUGCCAUAGUGGGUAUUCGCUUUUGGAUUUACCGAGAUAGCACCAGUGACAAUGUGGUCAGGCAAGAAGGGCUCUGAGACCAGCUCUGCUGGAACUCCUACCGCCGAGGAGGAGAUCAAAGUAGUACUGGUAGGAGACACGCAGUGCGGGAAGACCACGCUUGUGCAGAGAUUUGUGUCCGACACAUUCAUUGAGGCAUACACACCGACCGGUUUCGAAAAAUAUGGCUACACAUGCACUGUGGCCGACUACAGAGUAAACUUCUCAGUAUGGGACACAUCGGGUACUACAGCGUAUGACACGGUGCGCCCACUUGCUUACCAGGACGCAAGGAUCUUCAUGCUCUGCUUCAAUAUAGCUGAACCGGAUUCGUUACACAACGCUGCGGCUAAGUGGUACAGAGAGGUGCGUACACACGGCGGGUCGGUGCCGGUGCUACUGUGCGGCUGCAAAGCAGAUCUGAGGCACGAGAAAGAAACGCUCACCCUACUCUCGAAGCUCAAGACGCAUCCAGUUACCAGUGAAGAGGCUCUAUCCGUAGCAAGACAAUUAGGUGCAACAACAUAUGUGGAAACAUCGGCGAGAGCCUCCAGUAAAGGAGUCCGAGAUGCCUUUGAGGUGGCUGCACUAGCAGCAUUGGGAAAAUUGAACAAACAACAAAUGAAGCAGCAGAAGCAAGUGGGACGCAGCAAAAGCAAACGCGACCUGAAAGCCGAGCUGAAGGGCCGAGCGAAGAGCUGUUGCGUCAUGUGAUCCGUGGCCGGCCACCCCUCGCGGUGGCCGCAUGACUGCUAGAUGACCACCGCACUUUCAGAAAGUUCUGGAAAUUAACUCAACAUACAAGAAAAACUAAUUGCUGGAUUUCUUCUAAGACGGAUUAUAGCUAUGGGCCUAAAGUAGUGCCCUGAGUGAUUCCCGACUUUUUUCCUUAUUACUAUGUGGAGAAAUUAAUAUACUGACUUGUCUUAUAUUUAUGUUAAUGUUAAGUAUAAUGAAAAAGUGACUUAGGACAUUUCACGAUUUGAUUCUGAAGAUGAGUGAUAAUAUGGUUGAAAGCCUCGUAAAAGUCUAGAAAAGUAAAAUGUAAGUUUUAGAAUUAAAUGGAAGUGGAACCGAGUUCGUUUCAAAAUCUAUUAUGGACUUCCUGUUGAAGGUAUCAGUGAAACAAAGGUGCAAUGUAAAAUGACCCUCAGGGUUAGAGCGUAAGCCUGUGAUAAUGUAAAAACUAGAAAUUUUGAGAGUAAAGGGUGUAGAAACGUUUAGAAAAAAAUAUUUAGAAAGGCAUUCUAACGCUCAGAUCCAAUAAA